CUGGUAUGGUUGCUGUUGAGCCCUACAAGGCUGUUGGUUCUCUCUUUCUUGUUUUUUCUGGUUAUCAUUAAAGAAUAUGAUUAACCUACCCCACGCUGCAUCUUGGUCUAAUUCCACCAACGACCAUCGUUACACUGACUGAGAACUGAAGAGUGAAACCGACAUCAUGAUGAACAUCUUCCCCGCCAUUCGUCACUGCCUUUCCCUUUUCCAACUCCUCCCACCCAAUCGUCACCACGGAGAAAACCUUCACGACCCUCUUGCCCAUGAUCCCUGACCCCAGGGAGCACGGUCACCUUGACGACAUCUCCCUCCGGAUCCCUCUAGCUGUCCUUUACUCAGUCCUCUUCGUCUUGGGCCUGACCGGCAACAUCCUGGCUCCAAAAAGAACUGUCAGAGUGUUCCUCAUCAACGUAGCUUUAGCCGACCUGCUACUGGUCAUUUGUCUUCCAUUCAGAGUGCUCUACCACAGUAAAGCAAACCGCUGGGACCUGGGCCCUAACCUCUGUAAGGUAGUGGGGAACCUCUUCUAUACGAACAUGUACAUCAGUAUCACCUUUUUAGGGUUAAUCAGUGUGGAUCGCUAUCUGAAGAUCCAGCGUGACGCCAGGGGCCAGUACCACCUCAAGGCCACCAGAUGGAGCUCCGCCAUCUGUGGGACAAUCUGGGUCCUGGCCCUUGCCUCCGUCAUACCCAUGAUCCUCAUCUCAGAGGGCAACGAGGAGUCUGACAAGUGUUUCCAGCGUGCGAAGGGGAAGGCCUACUUUAACCUCUUCCUGGUUGCCACGUACUGGCUCGUGUUUGUCUGCCUUGUGGUGUCUUAUGGGAAAAUCGGCCUCAGGCUGCUGAGGAUGUCGAGAGAGAAAGCGGACUUCCCCAAGGCACCCCGCUACACCUGCACAGCAAGGAAGUCGUUCUUCGUCCUCUUCCUGUUUACCGUCUGCUUCGUCCCUUAUCACAUGGUCCCGGUGUUCUACGUCAUCUCCCAGAUCAGCGACACUUCCUGCUUCUGGAGGGGCAAUUUCGACAAAGCCAAUGAAGUGGUGUUGCUACUCUCCACCCUCAACAGUUGCCUGGACCCUGUGAUGUACUUCCUGUUAUCGGCAUCUGUGAGGAAAGAGACCCUCCGAUUGAUCAAUAACGUGUUCCAACUGAGGGACCUGGAGGCCAGUGUGGAUAGUGGGAGGAGCCUCGGGGAGCAGCCAACUGUUAGUUUCAUCAGUAAUCCGAGGAGUAAAAUAACUGUCCAGCCCUGCCUUUAAGUGACAGAAUUGUUUUUAGACAUUAAAAGGUUGGGAAACUAUAUUAACAUAAAUGUUCAUACUAUUGGUGUAUAGUAAAUACUGCAACAAUGGUCCACAGUGAAAACCAAAGCAUUGAUUUGUCAUAAAUACUUAAUUUUAUUUUUUAUUUUUUUUUACAGUAAAUGCAUUUACAAUAAAGAAAGACUUGUUACAUCAGAGAAUGAGAAUAGUUGACUACAGCAAGUAGUACAACAAGUCAUAUACAGUCAAUGAACUAAGUAGACCAGACCAAGCUACUACCGCAUUGGUGCCUAUGAGAGAGCCAACCCUUAAAACUUCUUUGGAAUAGGGGGCAGCAUUUUCACUUUUGGAUGAAUAGCGUGCCCAGAGUGAACUGCCUC